CAAUUCAUUAUUCAUUCGUUCAUCUAAUUUAGGUAUAUCAAAAUUUAUUUUUACUGAAAUUCUAGAAAAUAGUGCUUUUACAUAGCAAAGAUUGUUAAGAUGAACGGAUUAGUGAGAUCGGCGCAUCGGUUAAUUCAAAACUGUGCAAAAAGUGCAAAUAUCACCGGUGUUCUUGUGCACCGGGCACAGGACCCCGUGAAACGUGAUUUCACGAGGGGGAUCUGGCACAUGAGCUGCUCCACCCGGCUGGGCUCCACCACCUGCUCGGGUCUCCUACACAACCAUUCCAACACAUGCAGCUGCGGCUGCGGCCUAAAAGCCCUUCACACGAAAGCCGAUCAGGAAGAUAAUACCGCUGAAAAACCCAAACCCCUUGGUGAACGAGAGUUGGUUGAGUUCCUUACAGAGGAGAUUGUGGCUGAACGCAAGGCACAGAAGCUGAAGAGCUUGCCGAAGGAGCUGGAGGGGUUCGCAGUCACCAGCCAUGGCGCCGAAGUCAUUCUCACCAAAAAACUUAAAGAUGAAACCAUCAACAUAACGUUCAACGUGAACCACACAGUGGACUCUGACGACUUCGGCGAGGGCGAGGCGCCGCCGGAGAAGCAGGAGUUCGCGGAGAUGAGGUCGAAGCCGCAGUUCGAGGUGGACCUGGUGCGCGGGGACCGCACUCUCGGGUUCACCUGCUCCUUCCUGCAGGAGCCCCCGCCAUCGUCUGCUGAUGAGUACAAUGAUGUGUUUGGCAUCGACGAGGUGACCCUGUACCAGGGCGAGUGGAACGACAAGGUGUACGCGGUGGCUGGAGACGUACUUGACGGGUACCUGUACGACCUGCUGAUGAACGUCCUCGAGGAGAAGGGCAUCAGCAACGACUUCGUCCAGAAGCUUAGCGACUUCUCUACUGCCUACGAGCAUGCGGCCUACAUCAACCUCCUCGAGAGCAUCUCCAAGUUUACCAUAGACAAGCAAUAGACAAAGAGGAUGCACUCACUUCCGGUUGUCUUUCUUUUUUCAACCAGUGUUGCCAGUUUAUGAUAGCAUUUAUGCUAGAAACAGCUUUAAAGGAAUUAGUUUAGUUGUGAACACAGUGGUGUGUGUUUGUUUAAUGUUAGUGUUAUGUUGUUAGUUUAUUAUAAUGUCUCAAUAAAUAUUAUUGAAAUUAAAAU